AUGAAGCUUCUCCCUCCCGUCCUCCUUCUUGUCCUCCAUCACCUCGCCGUGGCGAACGGCGGACACGUCCUCGUGUUCCCCGGUGAGUACAGCCACUGGCUGAACAUGAGGAACAUCAUGGAGGAGCUGGUGCGGCGAAACCACUCCGUGACGGUCGCGGUUCCUGACGCGUCGCCGUCCAUCAAAUACAACAACAGCCGCGACGCUGCCAAGUUCAAUUUCCUUGUUUUAAAGGUCUCGUACACUCGGGAAGAGUAUCACCAGCUCUUUCUUGACUUCAUCCACUUCUCCAUGACUGAGCUGCCGCAUGCGUCCGUGCUGCAGAAGGUGCUCUUGCUGCAUAAUUGGGCCCAGCGCUCCAUCGACUUCGGCAUGCGUCAGUGCGACAGCAUGUUGAGGAACGAGCAGCUGAUGGCGACCCUGCGUGACGCCGCGUUCGACGCCGUCCUGGUCGACCCCAUGGUGAUGUGUGGCGACCUGAUGGCCGACGUGCUCGGCGUGCCGCUCAUCCUCUCUCUGCGCUUCUCUAUGGGCAGUGUCAUGGAGCGACAUUGUGGCCACGCGGUGGCGCCGCCGUCGUUCGUUCCCACCGCGCCGCUGCCGUACGGCGACCACAUGACGUUCAGGGAAAGGGUCAUCAACAUGGUGACGUACGUGGCCACGUCCGUGAUUACAGAGUUCUUCUGGAGGACGACACUGAACCGGUACUACAGUGAGCUCAAAGGACGUCCCACCAGCGUGUGCGAGAUUCUGGGCAACGCCGACAUCUGGCUCAUCCGGACAUUCUGGGACGUCGAGACGCCGCGGCCGGUCCCGCCCAACUUCAAAUAUGUGGGAGGUCUCCACUGUAGGCCGGCCAAUAAGCUGCCGGACGACCUGGAGGCCUUCGUUCAGAGCUCGGGUGACGCCGGCGUGGUAGUUGUUUCUUUUGGCUCCAUGGUAACCAACCUGACAGCAGAGCGUGCCGACGCUAUCGCUACGGCUUUAGGACGAAUCCCACAGAAGGUGAUUUGGAGGUUUAACCACAAACCAAAGACGUUGGCGCCAAACACAAAGCUUUGUGAUUGGCUGCCUCAGAACGACCUCUUGGGUCACCCUCUGACCCGAGCGUUCGUGACUCACGGCGGCACCAACGGCCUGUAUGAGGCCGUGUACCACGCCGUGCCAAUGGUUGGUCUCCCGCUGUUUGCAGAUCAGCCCGACAACCUCGCGCGGUUGACCCGCCGCGGCGCCGCCAUCGUCCUCGACAUCCACACCAUGACGUCAGACGAGCUGACGGAGGCGCUGCAAGCUGUCAUCAACCAGCCGAGCUACAAGACCAACAUGCAGUACCUGUCGGAGCUGCACCGCGAGCGCCCGGUGUCGCCGCUGAGCACUGCCGUGUUCUGGGUGGAAUAUGUGAUGCGACACGGCGGCGCACGCCACCUGCGUCUGGCCUCACAGGAGCUGAACUGGUUCCAGUACCACAGCGUGGACGUGGUCCUUGCCCUGUUGGCUGUCAUGAUAGCCUGCUGCGCCCUCUGCUGGGCAGCGGUGAGAUGUUUGCUGUGGAGCUGCAGACGAAGGCGGCGUGAAAAGAAAGACUGAUGUGUUUAUAUUGUUUGUUUGUGUGUAAAGGUACAGCAGGCAACUUCAGAGAAACGAUUAUAUUUUCUGCCGUUGUCAUGAAUUAAAGGUUCAGUUUAUUUGUUGAUAAACUAAACAUUUUCAUGUGAAACCAUUGAUGCUUAGCACUCUUGCCUUUGCAGCAGGAAGACCGGGUUUGUGACCAGGUUAGAACAAAGGCCUUUCUGCAUAGGGUUUGCAUGUUUUCCCUGUGUGUGUGUGGGUUUUCUCCGGGUUCUCUGGUUUCUUACCACAGUCCACAAACAUGCAGAUUUGGGGAUUAGGCAAAUUGGUCCCUAAAUUGACCAUACGUGUGGGAGUGGAUGGUUGUUUGUCUCUAUGUGGCCCUGUGAUGGACUGGUGACCUGUGACCUCCAGGGUGUACGCCACCUUCUGCCCUAUGUCAGCUGAGAUUGGCACCAUGUUAGGAUAAAGAGGUAGAAGAUGAAUCACUAUGAUCCACCCACUCAUUGGAAACUGUAAAGAAGCAAUGUAGUAUGAAAUGUGGGCCACACAGCAGAUUCUUGACGGGUUCAUUAUUUGUUUCAAACUUUUGCCCCUGAACUGUCAAAAUUGGAACUUGAUGUUAGCCACAGGUCAAAGGUAAACACCUGUUGUCUUGUGUUAUGAUGCAAGCAAGUACUGGUAUCCCAGGUUCCUUGAUUAUUAGAUAAGAUUUUAACAUAGUUAAAUAACUUUAUAUUGUAUGCUUCUCUCACAAAACGUUACUGAAAGUUGCCUCCAUUACAUUAAAUAUCAGCUUUUAAAGGGCAGUAACCCUUUUACUCCACUACAUUCCCCCUAACUAUCUUUGUUACUCGUUACUACCAAAUAAAAUCAGAAGAAGAGUUGGUACUAUGGUCUGCAAUUAUCUCGAGCUUUUCUAGUCUUGAUGAGCUGCUUUACACUACAGUUUUCACCCAUUCACACACUGCGUCUUUGCUCAAGGACAUAUAGACAUGCAGAACCAAGAAUUUAGCUCACAACCUUCCAGUUAAAAGAUAACUUGCCCUACCACUGAGCCACCCUGGCUCAAUCCUCAAGUUUUAGUAAGUUUGAAGUAAAAGUAUUAAAAAAGUACAUUUUACAUCAGGAAAUGACUUGAUACUGAAGUACAGUAAGUGUCAUAUACUUUAAGACUUUUACUUAAGUAAAUAAUAAAGUCACUUCAACUUCUACCAAAAUCAUUUUCUGGUAAGAUACUGUGGGGGAUUAGGAAAGGGGUGUAUUACAUUAUACAUAAAGAUAUCUUUGACAACAUUGUUGAUUGAAGGAUUUUAUUUUUAUUUUGUACAAAACAAGCACAGGCUCCGCCUCCUCCGUCCACAAACGGAAAACAAUAAAUGUCACAUUUGAGCUGACCACUGUUCAAUAAAACAGAAUCAUAGAUCACCUCACACCAGUGAUUGUCAUGGUGGGGACCAAUCACAAAGACUUUCUAAAAACAUCCAGCAGGAGGCAACGGUGGACUGAAAACAGGAAAUAAAACAAAAGUUGCAGUUUAAAAAAAA